AUGCCACCGAAAAAAUAUAAUCUCAAUAACGCGAGGGGCAGAGAGGCACGACGCAAACGUGUUGAAAGUGCUCAUCAGUCGGCAGAACAAUUCGAAACAAGAAAUGCAGAUCAAAGAAUCAGGACAGCAGAGAGUUGUGCACAACAACAUCAAGAACAGCGUGACGAACGUCUGCGACAGACUAUUAUGAGAACAAGAGCAGCACGAGAGCAAAACAUGGCUACAGCUCGAGUACAAGAACGACAGAGGCAGCGGGCCAGCCGCUCAUUAUCACGAGCAUCAUUUGUUCGUCUUGCUUUCGUAUAUGCACCAGAUAUUAACUACUCUGCGCAAUCAAAAAUCGCUAUCGGUACAAUGGAUAAAUAUAAUUUCAUUGAACAAGCAGAAGAAAAAGGAAUUGUGAUUAUGCUGGAAAAAUUUUUAGAAGAUCAUAAUGAACUAAUUAGAUUGAUUAAAAGAGUUUCGCCACGACUGCAAAAUGACAACUAUCAAGUCGUCAUAAAAGCCGACAAAGUACAAUUAGGUGAACAUGCUGGCAGAUUCAACGCUCCUACUGUUGAUGAGGUCGCUAUUAUUAUGGUUGGUGAUCCAGUUGACAAAAGAGCUAUAAAAAUUACACGGUGCGACAACACUGUCAGUACGAUUUCAGAUCUACACCGUUCAUAUGACGCACUACAAUAUCCAUUAAUAUUUUGGCAAGGACAGGAUGAAUAUCACCUUAACAUCAAACAGUGUGAUCCAAAUACCGGUAAAUUUGACAAUUAA